AUGGCUCAAGGUUAUAAUUUAUCUAUAGACACAGAUGCUGCAUCCCAAAGUCAAAUAAUUACCCAAUUUGAAGAAGAUGAUAGUGGUCAAGUAUCUCCAGUUACCGAUGAAGAUAUCGAACCUGGUCUAGUUUAUGCGUUACGUACUUUUACAGAAACAGUAGAGGGUCGAGCUAAA